AGAUUAAUUAGAUGUCUAAAUAUACUAGAAAAGGUUCUCCUUGCAUUUUGGAACGACAAAUCCAUUGAACAAAGGCAAAGGUAAAAGCAAAAGCAUAGUAAAGCUAGUGGAACGGGGAAAAUGGGUGUCCCCAUGUAUCCAAAGCUUUUUCCAUGCCGUGAUUGAUGGCAAAUAUGAAUCCAAGAUUUCUUAUUUUUCACUCUUUUUUGAAGUGUCACCAUUGACAUUUGCCCAAUUUGGGAGGGAACAAAGAUGGCCAUGAUGAGUUUAGACCCCACAAACCAUAUGCAAUAAUCCCCUCUUUUUCUUUUUAGUCAUUCUCAAGUUUCCACUACCACUCAUCAAAGCAAAGCCACACAUAACACGCACACACAUUGAGGGACCAAAAAAGCAAAGUCCAAUUUCUCAACAUUUCAUUAGCCUUUAACUUUUCCUUUUUCCUUAUAAAUACCUUCAGACACCUCUAUUUUCCUUUCAAGAAUACAAGAAAAACCAAUGGAUUGGUUUUCUUGGCUGUCCAAGACAGAGCUAGAGCCAUCUCUUGUUUACGAAUAUGGCUUAGCAUUUGCUCAUAACGAGCUAGAACAAGACGAUAUCGCGUACUUCAACCAUGAGUUCCUCCAAAGCAUGGGCAUUUCUAUUGCCAAACACAGGCUAGAAAUCCUCAAACUUGCCAAGAAAGAAAGAGGAAAUGUUCCAGAUUCAAUGUCAAAGUUUCUCCUUGCGAUGAAACGCACCAAGAAACGUUUCUCCAAGUAUUUUAGGAUGUGGAUUCGUCGCGAAGAAUCAGCACUUGCACUUGUGUCAAGAAGAAGUUAUAGUUCAAGAAUUUGGAAGAGAACAAACAUGAUGAAGAGGAACAAGAGUGUUGUGGCACCAGCAAAGCAGCAUAGUACAUUGCUGCUGACAAAUGGUAGUCCAAAAUUUAUGUCAUCAAGAAUUAAUAGCUUUUCGAGUCCAAUGGUUCAUGAUCUUCGUGGUGAUCAUGAGAAAAUGGAAGUUGAUUAUGGCGACUACUGGGGGUCUUCUGUAGCUGAAGAGAUCAAGUGGGAUUCAAUGUUUCAGAAUUUGAAACCAACUUGAACUUGUCUUGUGUUUUGUUUAUGUAGUUUAACUUUGAUUGGUGAGAGAUGAUUUUUUGGUUCUUCCACCAAUCUAUUUUUUUUUUGUUUUUUGGGAAUUUUUCAAGAUUUGGUUUGGGUGUUUUAAUUAGUGCUUUUGUGUUAGUGGUGGGGGAUAAAAGCAGAAAUCCACUGAUUAUGUGUUGAUAUGAUGAGGAUCUGUAUUAGUAAUGAGAUUCUCUCCAUGAUUUUGCAUGUUUAUUACCAUCUUUUAUCCAAUUUAAGCUAUCAAAGACGAUUGGGCCAAA